GUAUGAUGUUCAUACCCAACGUCCACCAGAAGAGACUUUAACUUGUUUAACGCAGUUAACCGUCACAUGGGUGGCAGCUAGUGUGUUUUGUUACAAAAUGUGUUGAGCUGUGAGUGAGAGUGUGUGAGUGUGUGAGCAUCGGGGACAGACAGAUUUUUUUUAGGUUUCUUUCAUUUCUCUCUCUGACUUAAGUUUUGCCUCAACAAUAUUACUAGAAAUGGACAGCACGGAAUAUGAAUUAGUGAGGAAUAUGACAUUGCUGUUUUUCUUUGAACGACUGAUGGACAAGGGUGGCCCGCGUACGUUGCACGACCUAAGCUGUCAGUUUGGUGCAAAAGGAUUCACCAAGGAAAUGAGACAAAUUGCAGGAGGCUCACAGUCUGGAUUAAAAAAGUUUCUCUCCCAGUAUCCAGCGCUUUUUUGUUUUGAUGGUGACUAUGUUUACGUAAAUGGCUACAGCCCCCUCAGUGUGGAACAAGAAAGUGGAAACAAUGCAGUGAAAUACAGUAGUGGGAAACGAGAUUAUGCUCAAGAAGCUGUCGAAUAUUUUAGCCACAAGUUAAUGCAAUAUGGUGCCGGUAUUGAUGUACCCAUUAAAAGUUUGUUGGGUCACCGUUCCCAAGCUUCACCGGAGGUGAGACACAUCUCAGGCCAAAACAUAAGAGAGUUUAAAGAAUUUUUGUUAAAAUAUCCUGAUGCUUUUGUAGUGAAGGAAGAUACGGUUAUAUUGAAAGAAUAUGAGGGAAAGGAACCACAGCCUUUCCGUGAAUUUGAACUGAUGAAAGUGGAUCAAGAAGUAACAUCUGGCUUGCUUGAAUUUUUCACGAAGUGCAUAGACUCCAGAGGUCCAAUGUUGGUGGAUCAACUUUUUAGUAAAGCAACUGUAAGGUUUCCUCCUGAACAUCUUUCAUAUAUUUUCAAAACGCCACAAGACCUUCAGACCUUCUUAAAAAUGCAUUCUGAUGUGUUUAAUGUGCAGUCUAAUCUUGUAACAUUAGUGUUGCCUAAGAACUGUGUUAGUCAAAGUGAUUCACUUCAAACAAGUCCAACACAUCAACAACAGAUCAGAAGCAGUAGUGCAGUCAACAAUGGUCAGUGUGCCAAACCUCUUACUCAAGCGAACAAUUCAGCAGUUUGUCAGUCUGGUAGUCAGCCUCUACAAAAUCCCCAAUAUCAGUCCCUAAAGCAGCGUAUUAAUUCUUUAGUGAUGAAGACAUUAGCAGAUAAUACAGAGAAGGAUCGCUCAUAUGCAGCAACUUCUUUAGUGAAUGACAGUGGAAGUGCUGAAGUCUGGAAGGCAAAAAUAAUGCAGGCAACUAGAGUCGUCGUGAAUGUGAAAGAAUCUCUUCAGAUUGUUGAAGAUAUUUUGUUGGCCGCAAAAUCGGGAAAACCUGUUGCAGUGUCAUUUGACUGUGAGGGAAUAAAUUUAGGUGUUAAAGGGCAGCUGACAUUAUUUCAAAUUGGAACAUUAUCAGGCCAAGCAUAUUUGUUUGAUUUAAUUACGUGCCCCUCUUUGGUGUCAAAUGGUGGCCUGCAGAGACUGUUGGAAUCUGAGAUUGUUACUAAGGUUGUUCACGAUUGCCGAAACGACAGUGUCAAUCUUUUCAACCAGUUUGGUAUCACUUUGAAAAAUGUUUUUGACACACAGGCCGCACAUGCAGUGUUGCAGCUCCAAGAAUUGGGCAAGCCAGUAUACAAGGUGCAGAAUGUUAGUCUGAAUGCUCUAUGCGAGAAGUACGAUGCUCCAUCCAACCCUCUGAAGGAGCAGCUGAAGAAUGUAUACCGGCGAGAUCAGCGCUACUGGGCACGGAGGCCACUCUCACGUGAUAUGUUGCUGUAUGCUGCUGCAGAUGUGCUCUCUCUUGUGCCUACGAUCUACCAGGCAAUGUCCAAGCUAAUUAAACCAGAGUUUCAAAGCUUAUUGACAGAACUUUGUGAGGAGCAGGUGUUUCUGCACAUCUGUCCAUCCGACGUUAAGCACCGUAAGAAGCAAAGGAAAGUUGAAACCGAAGUUGCUGAACUGAGGCUGAAGUUAUCAACACUUCAGAGUAAAAAUAUAGUUCUUAGCAACCGAGAAAUUAGGUUGUUGAGGUAUCUAGAUCUCUCAGAGGAGGAGAAAGAAAAACUGAAAGGUUCUUACAAAGUAGCCCGUAAAUUGGAGAAGCUGGAAAGUGCUGGUCAAGAUAAGGAUAUUAAGAGUGACGAGGAAGAUGACGACGACGAUGAUGAAAAUGGUGAGGAUGGCUGUGCCAGUGGUAAAACUUCUCCAUCAUCAGCAGACAUCACUUCACCAAGAACACCGAAUUCUGGACCCCCGAGCCUAACGGAAUCAAUGCAGCUGAUGGAUGAAAUUCUAUCAGAUGGGCGCAUGGACAGGCUGGAGAAAAUUGAGAAAUUGGAGUCUAUUUUGUCUGCUGCUACCUCUGCUGCAGUUGUGUCAAGGAGCCAGCAGACUUCAGCAAACUCAAACACUCAGACCAGUAGUAGUGAUGAACAAGGACCUUGCAGUUGUCAGUGCCAUGCCCAGAAACUUUUAAAUAAGAAACCCAUAAAAGAAAUUGACUGUAUCAAAAGUACUGAUGUGGCAUGCCAGACACUUUCAACUGGUGAUAUUGUUAUAACUCGGAUAUUCUUUACAGAGGAAGAGAAGGAACGAGAAAGAACUAUUACAUCAUCUCCCAAAAGGGAGAUAUCUCACAAUUAAGUAUUAUCUCUGUUCUAGCUUUUUCAUCCAUUUGUCUGCUAAUGUAAUUAUUACAGAGGCUGGCACAGACUAUGAGAAGUAUUUCAGAAUCAAAAAUGUGUUUUGGUCUCGUGGGCUUGCUGGUAAUUAGUUAGCAGUGAAUAUGAGUAUGUGUUCAAAAACCUGUAAAUAUGCAAACAUAUAUACAGGUGUUCAAAUUUGCUGUACGUAUCUGUUCGCAAGUCUUAUAUUGUGUAUUCCACAAGCCACUCAUUGCAUUCAAGGUGAUCCUUUGUGAAAUAAAUUCCUAAACUCACCAUACCAACCCAUAUCUAUUCUCUCUCUCUCUCUCUCUCUCUCUCUCUCUCUCUCUCUCUCUGCCAUUGGUUGGUUGGUAAGGCUUAUGAUAUCCCUUCAGAAUAUCUUGUUAGAUGAUAAUACUUUCUCUUUGUUGUGGGCAUUCUAUAUAAAUGCAAAAAUUAUAUUUGUAAGUCAUAAUGGAUGUCAUGAACAUAGUGGAGAUGGUGUGUCACACUGUGUUAAACUGUAGGGAUGAAUCAUCUAGUACCGUAAAUGUGUUCUUCCAGAUAUAAUACUCCAUGUUACUUGUCAAAUAAUGCAGUUAGUAGGUUAUUGUAUGUAAUGUCGUAUACUAAAAUGUACCUAUCACAUAAUACCAAGCACUAUAAAAAAAAUAAAAGGAUUUCACAUGGAGGCAGAAUACUGAUGCUGGAAAUUUGUACAUGUACUUUUCUUUCAUAAAAAGGUAGGGGUGGUGCUAAAACACUUGUUGAAAGUGUUGGCGAUAAGGAAGACAUUUGUGUAACUUGUGGAGGAAGGUUGUGAGACUUUAUCACAGCAUAGAAGAAAGUGUGUGAAGAAUGUGAAGAAUUUCAUGUGGAGUAUUGGUUACAAAACAUGUGGUGUACAAAGGUACCAGGCAAACUAAAUAUUUUCUUAAAUUCAGUUUACCAUUACACUCUUAAAAGACAAGACUGACUUUACAAAAUGUUUAUUAUAGUCCGUAUGGAACUGUGUUUAAACUCUGCCGCUUGAAUUCAAACUAGUUUCAGCCCUGUUUUACUUUGUAUCAUUCCUCUCUGCUACCUGCAUUUUAUUGGAGCAACAUUGGUCGGUUGUCUAUUUAGCCAGUUUUUUGCUUGUGAUGUAAUUUUCUGUGAGAAACAGGCAUCUUAGGUGUAUAUUAGUAGUUCAUUGUUGUAAUUGACAAAGCUCAUUUUUGAAACCAAAGAAAACUAAAGCAAAAACAAUGGCAUACUCUAGUUUGCAACCUUUCAACGCACUCCAUAUUUGCAGGAAAAAAUCCAUUGAGAAUCUAGUUCCAUUGUUGCUGCUGUAAAUAAUCCUAAAAUAUUACCUAUUUGAAGGUUUUGUAAU